GUUGAACCAGUUGAAAAGCGGCCCGGGAUAUUGUGCCACAAUUGACCAGAUAUUUUCCCGGGCAAUGUCUUACUGGGGUUCUGCUGUUGAUCGCUAGUUAACUAUUUAAUAAUAUUAUUGUGCGCCGAAUCCAGCCAUCCUGGCUGCUGCAGCUUAGACCCCGGUCACGGUCAGUCCAGCCGUUCACACCAGACGAUUACACCAGACGAAUCCCAGAUACGUCGAUCUGGUUCAGUUAGAGAUUUGUUUCAGUUUGGGAUAGUCAAAAACCAGCAAUUUUCCAACUCAAUUUUUUCUUCUCAUGCUGUAUAUUCCCUACCAAUGUCCACUGGCACAGAUUUUACGAUGAGUUACGGAACCGGCGUGCCCGACCACUUUAAUGAGUAUGAUCAAUUUUUUCUCUUCGGCGACUCAAUCACCCAGGCCUCGUACGAUCCGCAGCUCGGCUUUGGGUUUGGCGCUGCUCUACAACAUGCAUAUGUCCGACGGCUUGAUGUAAUAAAUCGAGGGCUCAGUGGGUAUAAUACCGCCAAUGCAAUGGUGAUAUUUCCAAAGAUCUUUCCACCGCCGCAGAAAGCUCGAAUUCGACUUAUGACUGUCUUCUUCGGCGCCAAUGAUGCCGCCUUGCCGCAUUCUAUACAGCAUGUACCGCUGGAUCAAUACAAGCAGAACCUUAAGGCCCUUUUGGAGCAUCCACUAACAAAAGCACAAAACCCCAAGAUCAUCGUCAUCACACCACCGCCCAUUAAUGAGUAUCAGCUAGAAAUUACCGAUUUCAAGAAAGGGAUUGUGGGGCCUCCUAGACGCACUGCGAAGACCACCAAGAUGUACGCGGAUGCAUGCCGCGAUGUCGCAAAGUCACUUGGCAUUCCUGUCGCCGAUUUAUGGGCCGCGUUCAUGAACGCGGCCCAGUGGAAGCCUGGUCAGCCUCUGGCUGGUUCAAAGGAGUCUCCUGUGAAUGAGCGCCUGGCGAGUCUGUUGUCGGAUGGAUUACAUUUCACCAGCAGCGGGUAUAAGAUCAUGUUCGACGAAGUCAUGAACGUGCUCCGGGCCACCUGGCCAGAAGAAGACCCCGAGAAGCUUCCUAUGAUCUUCCCACCAUGGGAGGUAGCUCCCAAGUAGACUUGCAAUAGAUCGAUAGAUUUUCUAUCCAUUUUUCAGAAAUAUUACCUACAUUAGGCAGUUAGCGAAUAUUUUUUUUAGAUUUACCAUGAAUGAGAUAUCUGCCAUAUUAUGAACAAAGAAGCUGUGUAGAUAGCUGUGGUGAAUAAUAA